AUGAAAUUCACCGACAAAACCCACCAAAGUCUCAGUGAUAUUGUAGACAAAGCCGUUGCCGGAGAUGAUGCCAUUCCAGGAACUACAGUCGUUGUCGUCAGCAAAGACGGCUCCGAACUCUUCGUCAAGUCGGCUGGCAAGCGGGGAGUUUCAACAAAUGAGCCAAUGACCCCAGACAAUAUCUUCUGGAUUGCUUCUUGCACAAAAAUGCUAACCGGACUGGCGUGCAUGCAACUCGUUGAAAAGGGUGUCUUGAAGCUUGACGAUGCGUCGCAAACCGAGGGCUUUUGCCCAGAAUGGCGGGAUCUUAAGGUUCUCACAUCGGACGGCCAGUUGACAGAGAAAAAGAACGGCAUCACCCUGCGGAUGUUGUUGACACAUACUGCUGGGUUCGGAUACGCAUUUUUUAAUGAACGACUGCGUGAUUGGGGGUAUCCGGCUGGCAUAAAUGAGUUUUCUGGUGAUUUUGAUGACAUUAUCCAACCGCUUGUGUUUCAGCCCGGUGAGGGAUGGGAAUAUGGAACAAACAUCGAUUGGGCGGGCAUUGUGCUUGAAAGAGCUACGGGCAUGUCUCUGAACGGCUACAUACAGGAACAUAUCUGCAAACCCCUGGGCCUUGAAAAUGUAAACAUGUUUCCAAAUGAAAACAUGAAGAAGCACCUUGCGUACAUGCAUCAAAGAGCACCAAAUGGAAAGUUGUCUCCUCGCGAUCAUCUUCUUCGGAGGCCAUUAACAGUCACAUCCGAUGAGGACAAGAAGGCUAUUCUCAACAGUGGUGGUGCUGGCAUGUUUGCCAAACCUCAAGAAUAUGCUCGCGUUUUGGCCGUCUUACUCAAUGAUGGGACCUGCCCACGCACUGGGGCAAAGUUGCUUGAAAAAUCGACGGUCGACGAAAUGUUUACCAACCAAAUCCACAAGUUCCCCCAGUUCGGACGACAAGGUAUCCCCGCGUCAAAACCUGACCUCACACACCCUCUACCUGAUUUAUACCCAAGCCCGGGAAAUCCACCACAAGGAUGGGGGUUGAGUUUCAUGCUCAAUGGCGGACAGACUGGCAGAUCUGAGACCACGGGUUGGUGGGCUGGGCUGGCGAAUCUGUUUUGGUGGGUGGACAGGGAGAAGGGGGUUGGCGGUAUGGUUUGCACGCAAAUUCUGCCAUUUGGUGACCCGAGAGUACUUGGGCUGUGGGUUGAGGUGGAAGCUGGUGUGUAUCAAGGGUUGAAUUCUGCUACAGGUGACUAG